AUGGCGUCGUCGAGAGAUAAUUUGAAGGUUUACAUUCGAGUUACUCAAAAGAAAUCCGUCUCUGAAAACCCUAAAUCAUCAAAGAAGCCAAAAACAUCAUCAGCUGAAGAGAACAUAGAUGAACAAGAAAAUAUUAGCCGAAAAUCAACAAUGAAACAACAAAGAACUAGAAAACGUAAAGAUAUUUCAGACAAUGUUAAAAAACAAGAGGAAAAACAAAAAAGGAGAAGAAAGAAAGUGGUGAUAGAAUCAUCAGAAGAUACAGUUUCUGAUUCAAAGGAUGAAAAAUCUAGUCGAGCUAUUGUUCUGCAUACUUCCGAACAACAACAAGUAAAUUCAGGUUUGUCAAAAGAGCAAAGGAAUGUUGUUAGAGAAAUAGGGUUUGAGAGCAUACUAAAAUUCAAGCUGCAUUCAGUUCCACGCAAAUUCAGAUAUUGGCUGGUAAAAAACUUUGAUGCUGAAAAUGAUGAGAUAAACACUGGAGAUGAAAAGAUUAAGAUCACAGCUGAAUUUAUCCAAAAGGUAUUUCAAAUACCAAAUGGAAAAACAGAGAUUGAUGAAAAAUUGAGACCAAAAGACACUGAUCUUAUAAUUAAAUUCUGGCGCGGAUUUGACGAUGCUGAAAACGCUGAAGAGUUCUCUCUUGAUAAAAUUGACUCUACAACAUUACAAGAAUUUGAAGAUGAAUUGGAAAUUGCUGCACGAAAUGAGGGGAGAUGUCUCGUAAUGGAUAAAGAGAAAAAAGUCAGAAAGAAUAAACAAAAAAAGAAAGAUGAAAAGGAUGAAUUUUAUGUUUAUCCAACUGAAUCCGAGAAUGAAAAUGAAGAAAUUUUUGAAGAUGAAUCUGAAGAAAAAGAUGAAGACGAUGCUGAAGAACAACCAAUCACCUUACUUAAAGCUGCAACAGACUGGAUUGAUCAAGAGAAUCAAGAGAAUGUUCAAAACAGCCCAAUUAAAACCAAUGAAACUGACAAAACACAUACAGAAAGUGGAGGAUCAUGA